AUGGCGGGCGGGCCGAUCGUGAGCACGCAGCACCCCGACAUCGACGACACACCGACCGAGGGCUCGCGCACCUAUGCCAUCGUCGUGUGCGUGUUCGCCGCGCUCGGCGGCAUGUUCUUCGGCUAUGACCAGGGCGUGACGUCGUCCAUGCUCAUCAUGGACUCGUUCCUCUACGACUACUGCGUCGGCUGGCACAACUUCACCUACGAGGAGUGCACGCGCUCCACGUCCGACCUGCCGGACGAGUGGACCACCUUCACGGUCUGGUACAACAUGGCCUACAACCUGGGCUGCCUUGUGGGCGCCUUCAUCGGCGGCUUCGUGGCCGACAAGCUCGGCCGCCGCGCCACGAUCUUCUGCGCCGGCCUGCUCUUCUGCGGCGGCACGUGCUGGGUUUGCUUCAACAAGUCGCAGGCGCACACGCUCAUGUACAUCGCCCGCAUCAUCCAGGGCUUCGGCGUGGGCAACUCGUCCUUCUCGCUGCCGCUGUUCGGCGCCGAGAUGGCCCCCAAGGAGCUGCGCGGCAUGCUCUCGGGCUUCAUGCAGAUGACUGUGGUCAUCGGACUCUUCUUGGCCAACGUCGUCAACAUCAUCGUGUACAACCACGACCGUGGCUGGCGCACAACCAACGGCAUCUCCAUGGCACCGCCUAUCGUGGUGCUGCUGGGCAUCUGGUUCGUACCGGAGAGUCCUCGCUGGACAUACAAGCACAAGGGCAAGGAGGAGGCCGAGCGUGUCCUCAAGCGCCUCCGCCAGACCGACAACGUGGGCCACGAGCUGGAGGUGAUCGGCGACCAGAUCGCAGAGGAGGAGGCCGACGACAAGGGACUGCUGGAGAUCUUCGAGCGGAGAGUCCGCAAGCGCGUGAUCAUCGCGAUGAUGCUGCAAGUGCUGCAGCAGGCCACGGGCAUCAACCCCAUCACGAGCUACGGUGCGCUUAUCUUCAAGGACAUCACCAACUCGGGGCGCUACUCGGCGCUCUUCAUCUCUGGGGUCAACUUCCUCAGCACCAUCCCGGCCAUGCGCUGGGUCGACACCUACGGUCGCCGCACAAUGUUGCUGAUCGGUGGUGUGGGUAUGAUCAUCGGCCACCUGUGGGCAGCUAUUCUGUUCACAGCCAUUUGCGACGGCAACGUCGACGACGCCGGGUGUCCGACGGUCGGCGGCUGGUUCAUCUGCGUGGGCUCGGCCUUCUUCGUGUUCAACUUCGCCAUCUCGUGGGGCCCCGUGUGCUGGAUCUACCCGGCCGAGAUCUUCCCUCUCAACGUGCGUGCGUCGGGUGUUGCGCUGUCUACUGCGGCCAACUGGGCCAUGGGCGCCGUCAUGACGGAGGUGGUCAAGCUCUUCCCGUCGCUCAACAUCAACGGCGUCUUCUUCCUGUUCGCGGGUCUGUGUCUGAUCUGUCUGGUCUUCGUCUUCUUCUUCUGCCCGGAGACCAAGGGCAUCAUGCUGGAAGAUAUCGAGGGGCUGUUCAACAAGAGCAAGUUGCCCAAGUCGCCCGAAUUCGUCGAGGUCAAGUCGCCCGUAAACCAGGUUUAG